UCCUUCCUUCCUUCCUCUUUAAUUUUCUCUCUCUCUCUCUCUCUCUCUCUCUCUCUCUAUACACCCAUUCCAAUAACCAGAGCAACACCAGAAACCCUUCCACCAAAGAACCAAAAUCCCAUUUGUUCUAUUCUCUUUCUCUCCCUGUUUCUGCACUGUUGCAGAAGAAGAUGGUGCACUAUCAGAGAUAUCAUCACCCCUUCAACAAGGGUGUAGAUGUUGUUGAUGAAGAUGAGGAUGAAUCACAGACUACCCUUGCUUUAGUCUGUGGAAACUCUGCUACUAACAAGAGAACCAGCCCCAAACGUCUCUCUCUCCUGUUUCUCUCUCUUCUCUCCUGCUGUUUGAUUUUUGCUCGUUCCGACUUCUCUCUCUUAUAUUCAUUUGGACACGAAGAUGCAAGCUUUGGUGCUGAGAUCGAUGUAAAUGCUCCCCUUUGUUCCUCAAUCCCAAAUGGAACUAUUUGUUGUGAUAGAAACAGUAUUCGAUCAGAUAUAUGUAUCAUGAAGGGGGAUGUGAGAUCACACUCUGCAUCUUCUUCAAUCUACCUUUAUGCCUCAAGAAACAUCCAUGGUUUGAUUGAUUAUGUUCCGGGCUUGGCUGAAGAUGGUGAUGAAGAUGAUGAUGAAGAAGAACUCCGACACGAAAACAUUAAGCCUUAUACCCGAAAAUGGGAGUCAAGUGUUAUGGACUCUAUUGAUGAAUUACACCUAAUUUCAAAAAUAGAGAACGCGAGGACACGACAUAGGUGUGAUGUCCAGCAUAAUGUCCCAGCAGUGUUCUUUUCAACCGGAGGCUAUACUGGUAACGUUUAUCACGAAUUCAAUGAUGGAAUUUUGCCUCUCUACAUUACUUCUCAACAUUUCAACAAGAGGGUUGUGUUUGUUAUUCUUGAGUAUCAUGAUUGGUGGUUUACUAAGUAUGGUGACAUUCUUUCGCAUCUAUCGGAUUAUGCGCCAAUAGAUUUCAGUGCAGACAAUAGAACUCAUUGCUUCCCAGAAGCCAUUGUUGGUUUGAGAAUUCAUGAUGAGCUCACUGUUGAUUCUUCAUUGAUGGAAGGGGGUAAAACCAUUAGAGAUUUUCGAAAUCUCCUAGAUCGAGCUUAUGGGCCUCGAAUUAGGGGUUUAAUUCAAGUUGAGGAACGCGAAGCCCAAUUGAAUUUGAAAGAGACGCUCUCUUUACCACCGUCAUCAAGAAAAGAACAGCAGGAAGAAUUGAAGAAACCAAAAUUAGUCCUCUUAUUGCGAAAUGGGUCUAGGGCAAUAACUAACGAAGAUUUGUUGGUGAAAAUGGCAGAGCAAAUUGGGUUUGAAGUGGAAACUUUAAGGCCUGGUCGGACAUCUGAAUUGGCAAAGAUUUACCGGGCGCUUAAUUCAAGCAAUGUUAUGGUUGGUGUCCAUGGUGCUGCCAUGACUCAUUUUCUGUUUCUGAGACCAAAAUCGGUGCUUAUUCAGGUGAUACCUCUUGGAACAGAAUGGGCAGCAGAGACUUAUUAUGGAGAACCAGCAAUGAAGCUUGGUUUGAAAUACAUUGGCUACAAAAUCCUCCCUAGAGAGAGCUCGUUGUACAAUGAAUACCAUAAGAACGAUCCUGUUCUGAGAGAUCCGAGCAGCGUGGUCAAGAAAGGAUGGGAAUUCACUAAAAAAAUCUAUCUUGAUCGUCAAAAUGUGAGUUUGAAUCUUGGAAGAUUUCGAAAGCGGUUGGUUCGUGCCUAUGAUUACUCUUUUGCUAAGAAAAAGAAUUUUCAUCUUCAAUCACAGUAAUCUCUAGUUUUUUUUUUUCUUUUUUGAUCUCUCACUCAUUUUUGACUGUUGUAGAUUCCAAACCAUCAGAGUGAUCUUACAUGUCUUCUUCUGUAUGUACAUAAACUUGCAAACAAAUAUGCUUCUUUUUGACUGUUUCAAACAGAAGUUCAUUCUUUUAUUUUUCUUAUACUUUUUUGGUCAUUGCAAUGUAUUGUAAAGAGUUCCCACAUGAAGUUUGACUGCUUUUAUGAAAUAAAAGAAGAAAAAAAAUGAAAUCAAUGAUGCUAUAGUUGAUUUUGUUUUUCCUCA